CUUCCGGGAGUCAGUUUUGUGGCGGGAAAAACAACUGUCGCUGUGGCGUGUUGUGCAGGCCCGGGAGGGCCGCUUUUCGCGCCCGCUAGAAUGGACGAGCAAGCUGAGGAUCAUGCAGUCUCCGAGCCCGCGGACUCCGGCGCUGAAGGCGGACCCCCACAGGUCGCCGGCGCCCGAGAGAUCCCCGAGGACCGUGUGACCCUGCUUCUCAGACUGAGAACACAGACAAAACAACAACUCUUGGAAUAUAAAUCAAUGGUUGAUGCAAAUGAAGAAAAAACUCCAGAACAAAUCAUGCAGGAAAAGCAAAUUGAAGGUAAAAUUGAAGACCUGGAAAGUGAAAUUGAAAAGGUGAAAACAGCUUUUGAAAUGAAAAAACUUGCACUGGACAGGAUGCAACUUUCGACUGCACUUAAAAAAAAUCUGGAGAAAGUUGACAUCAAGACAAGUGUGCUCAUAGAUAACAUGAAACACAUAUUGAAGCUAAAUAAUUUAAUAAUGAAAUCACAGCAGGUAUCUUGGGAUUUGGAGGAAAAACUGCUUGAUGUUAGAAAGAAGAGGUUACAAUUAAAACAAGCCUCAGAAAGUAAGCUUUUAGAAAUACAGACUGAGAAGAACAAACAGAAAGAUGGUAUGGACAGUAUGGAAAAUUCAGACAAGAUAAAGACCAUACAACAAAACCUACAGACGGAAAUACAAAUUACUACAGUUAUUCAACAUGUGUUUCAGAACCUCAUUUUGGGGAGUAAAGCCAAUUGGGCAGAGGAUUCUGCUCUUAAGGAAACUGUUCUGCAACUUGAGAAGAAUCUCACCAUGAUCUAAUAAGAAUUCUCUUUUGGCAUUUCUUUGUUCUUAUCUUUGAUAUGUCAUUUAUAAAGCAAAUUUCAGUUGAAGUAUAUUUUCAGUGUUUUUGAAUCUAUUCUAAUACUGUUUUUUUUUUUUUAAUUUUUAGUUAACACUAUAACUUGGGCUCUAUUAUUUUAAAUAUAAUCGUUAAAAUGACUGGCAUAUUCCUAAAAGAGUGAAAAUAUUAGCCUAAAAUAUAUCAAUACCAGCUUUCCACUGUAUGUGAAUGUUUUCCCUACAACAUUCCUGGCAUUCCCAACUUUCCUUAGGAAUACUUACAUGGGUUUGUUUGUCAGCCAGAACAUUAGAAAAGUAUAUUCACUUAUUUGAAUAGAGACCUAAAUAAAGCAUUUCAACCUUGAAAAAGAGAGAAAAAAAAGCAUAUAUGAAAUGUUAACAGUUACAUUAGGGGGAUUGUGUCUUUUCUGUAUUUCUAUAUUUAGCAUGCUUUACUUCUGUAAACUAAAAAAUAAAAAGAAUGUUACUCUUCUUUUUACAAAAUAAAACUUGCCACCUUUCAUAUC